AUGCGCCACACACCGGAGAGCGCGAUGAUCCGUCACCGAACGCGCCGCGGAGCGUCCCCCUCGCGCAUGACGCAGCCUCCGAGCGUCAGGUGUCCGCCGGAGCUGUCAAUCACACCGCGGCCGUCCAAUCACGCGUCAGGGUGGGCGGAGCCAAGACAGAAGGACAGAAAGAGGGAAAAAAUGGGGGAAAAAAAUGAAGAAAGAAAGAGGGAAAGAAAGAAAAAGAAAGAAAGAAAGAAAGAAAGAAAGAAAGAGAUACUUCUCUCUCUGACUGUGAACACUGAGGAGCACGAGCAGCGCUCAUCCAGCAGAGGGAGCCCAGCUCCUUCUAUACUAUAUGAGUAUGGAUUUGCUAGAUCUUUCUCUUUAGGAAGGUGUUCGGAGGGCCUUGCAUUAAAAGUGAAAGCCCUGAUCCGGCGGCGAGGAAACACAGCAGAUCUCUGCGGCCUCAGGUGACGAGGGAAUGCAGAAGAACCGGUUCAUCUCAGCUGCUAAUCAGAGCACAUUACAGGAGCAGUGCAGUCAUUAUCAGUGUCAUCUCUGUUUGGGUGAUCUGGUUUAGAGUCACUCAUUUCCUCAGGAAUCUGACUCAAAAACACCAGGACAGACUUUCCAGGACGCUUCACACACGCUGCUUGUUUUACUGAUUAAUGACUCUAAUGACUCGGCAGAGCUGUAUGUACUUCUGUGCAUGUUUACUCUCUGCUGAAGUGUGUGCUCAGGUGUUGUGUAACCAGGGAUGGGCGGAUCCUCCUCCGGUGACGUCAGAUCCGUCGCAUCCUGGACACGACUCAAGACAGCAAUCUCACCGCAGAAGAAGAAGAAGAGAUCCUUGCUGACGCUGUUGCUCGGCGACAGCAGAAGAGCAUCCCUGUCUCCAAAGAGACCGUUGCUAGGCGACAGGAGGCGGCUGCACAAGAGAUUCUGUGGUACACUUCCAGCAGUGUUGAGUAACUCGUGUUUCACUGCUGUAAAUUCACAUUAAUAACUGUGAGCAUGUGACGCCUUCAUCCUGUGAUAGUGAAUGUGGGGCAGACAGAUACACGCGUCUGAACUCACACAGUCCAGAUCCUACAGGAUAUUGUAAAAUGAUGACCAAUGCAAUAAGUCAGUCAUAUGCUGAUUUGAAUAAGUCUGUUUACACCACAUAAGGGGAAAAAACAAACAAACAAAAAAGCUUUGGUAAAUCAUAAUUAUAAUCAUUAUGUGAAAGUUAUGAGAUACUAAGUCACAGCCUAAUUACACUAUAAAAAGUCAAUAUUUCCAAAAUGUCCCCUGAUCUUGAAAUCAUCAUGAUGGCAGCCUCCAUGAAUUCAAUUAUUUUAUUUGGACUUAUGUCAUAUGUAAUAAUUAUGACAAACUUGAAAAUGGGAUGCUAAUUUAUAAUUAUGAAAUAAAAAGUCACAAUUAAAGGACAACCAGUCAUAGCUGACUAAACAUAUUUAUAUAAUUUGAAUGUUCACAACUGGGCCCUUCUUCAUUUGCGGUGGCAGGUGUCCCUCUACUUUACAACAGCUGAAAUACACUUUAAAUACCAAUCAAUUAUAAAAUAUUCUGUAGGGUAAUCACGAUUUGUGCACUAGUUACGUUUUUGUUUUAAAAUACAUAUUUAAUUGAGUUUGAGAGAUUGCAUUUGUAACAAAAUAUGGAUGUUCCCGCCGUACCUCAGAGGGGUAUCAUGGAAUGUAAUCGCAACAAUAUAACAUCUUAACACAAAUAAAGUGGUUA